AUGGAGGAGACUUCAAAACGCCAGACAGUCUUGCCUGAAAAGUUAUGGGGUGGUAAUGUUCGCCACGGAACCCCCUCCUCCCAGGAAGAAAGCACCGGGGUUAGCCAAUCAGUCCAGGACCAUACCACUCGAUUUGGUAUCCCGAUAAAAUCAAGCCAUGCUUAUCUAUCUCUCGCACAUAUCCCUGAGGAAAAGUCGAACACUGAAUACCACAAAUCCUAUAACGUUGAUCAAGCUGGGCCCGGGGUGAUUGCUCUGAAAGAUGUCGAAGAAUUUCCCGUCUGCCUCAUAAAGGUACGCAGGAUUCCUAAGUCAUGGAGAUUUCAAGCAGCAUCCCAUAAGAAUCUAAUUUCAUUUCUGGAUUCUUAUCAUGCUCACGGGUUAAUGUAUCUGGUCUACGAAUAUGAGCAUCUCGCUAUUUCCCUAGGCUGUGUGGUGGGUAGGGUUGACUUCAGUGAAGCAGAUGUUGCUACUGUCUGCAGAGAGAUUCUGAGCGCCAUUGAUUAUGUGCACUGUGAGCUAAGGAUAUCUCAUGGUGAGGUGGACUGCAGCAAUAUUCUCUUGACUUGGAAAGGCGAGAUUAAAUUGGCAAAUAUUGGUGACACCAUUGGGGGCCUUGCAAUAUCACUUAGUGUCCGAGAAACUCUAGUGGGCGGAACUAACUCGGUGAAGCCGACCCUCUCUCAGCCAGUCCAGCAAUUUGUAGACAACUCCAGGAGCAAAUCAGCUAAAGAGCUUUUGGGGGAUGAAUUUCUGUGCCUAGCAACGCCUGGAGGAUCAUGGUGCCUUAAGCGUCAUUAUUUUGACACACUUCCCUUUGGUGUCCGCGUUGGUAGUCGGUCAUUUGCCAAUAAUGAAGAUUUGGUGCCAGAAGAUGGAAACUGA